AUGGAUCUGCCUGCGUCCAUUGUGAAUUAUCCAAAGAAUAAAGUUGAUUCUAUUACUGUUGAGAGAGAACCUGAUGUAGAAACAGUAAAAUCAUUUGAUGUUGAGUAUAGUAGUAUGGAUAAUAAAGUGUCUGUUCCUAUCAUUGUGUCUCCUGAGUGGUCCUUGCUAUUCGAGAUCAAGUAUGAUGCAAGCAGAGUGGCCUUAGGUGCUGUCUUAGACCAAAGUGAUGGUGAGCCACACUUCUAUAAUCGUCUAUUCAAAAAUUUGCUUGAGAAGUAUGGUGUAAAGCAUAAUGUGGCAAUACCUUAUCACCCUGAAACUAGCAGACAGGUUGAAGUGUCCAAUAGAGAGAUAAAGUCUAUUUUGAUAAAGAAUGUUAAUGCCAAUAGGACUGAUUGGUCAAGGAAGCUUGAUGAUACAUUAUUUGCCUACAAAACUUCCUUCAAGACCCUCAUGUGUGCUUCUCCAUACCAAUUGGUGUAUGAUAAGGCAUGUCACCUACCUGUUGAACUUGAGCACAAAGAACUGUAUGCAUUGAAAAAGUUAAACGUAGAGUGGAUUGAUGUUGCAAAGGGUAACAUGUGUGUUCAGUGUGCAGGAAAGGAUAUUGUAGGAAUCAAUCAGAAAAUUGCUGAAAUCUGGCUGUACGGGGCUCUUUAUGAGUUGUAA